CCCACUCCCCGAUUGCUAGCAGGCUUCGUUUUCCCUUCUUGCCUUCUUCCUCAAGCAUCCUUGGGGUUGCUCAUUCACUUCAUAUUGCCUCACUUCGUUGAUCGAAGCGACUUCAGUCGUUAAAAGCGUUAUCUCUCUCUUCUUGUAAUCCCCGCUUUCAACGACGCUGGGCGUCACCCACCACAACUUCCCUUAUACCAACCUUCUCUCAGCCCGGCAUAUUGCCAUUAAUCCCCCCCUCGAGCCUAACUACUUUAUCUUCUCUAUUUUGUUACAUUUGCUUCUUAAAUCCAAUACGAUGUCCGACUUAGUUCUCCUGCCGUCUACUACCUACCGGCCUCCCUCCCCUACGCUGGCACGAAGAGCGGGGAGGUCCCUUAAUACGAUAAUAGAAGAGCCGGACGAGGUGCACAAGUCCGCGGCGCUAGGGAAUCGCAAGGCUCAAGUCAAUUCAUCUAACGAAAAGAUAGCCCAGUGGCUAUCGCCACAAAGUGACCUUUUCCCGACUCCGCGAGGCUUUCACUUCUUGCCAGCUCCGAUCUACCCAGAAUCUCCGUCGACUGUCUCUGCUGAGGAGAGCACCUCCCCGUCGAUAGCAUCGUCAGACCUCUGGAACCGAAUCAGCAUAAGCACUGAUGUCACAGAGUUCGAAGACAUCUACAAUAUUUCUGACGAUGAGGAUACCCGGCGGACAGCCUCGAGGACGUCCUCGUUGAAGCGCCGAAACAGCUCCCGCAAUUCCAUACCAAAGCGAUCCACCGUCAACCCGCCAACCUCCCCACGGACUCUCCCGCCUUUGGUCAUCCCGGAGGAACGGAACCAGAAUGCCGAUAGCAGGUCGGGCAGGCCCGAGUUCAAGAAGUUCUUAUCGCCAAUCCCUCCGACGCCGCCGUCCAGGGUUGACAUGUCGCCAGCCAUGGUAUCCUUCCUACAGUCGCAACAGGCCCAGGAAGUGCCCACCAUUUCUGCACCGCCGUCUCUCGAUGGAAGUUUGACCUCUGAUCAGAUGGCGGCUAUGUCUGCUCCGCCCACGCCGAUAAUGGGGUCGGAGGACGGGACUCCAGGCGCGGAUUUGUUUGGCGUCCAGCUGCAGCCCGCCGCUUUAGCUACUCUGCAGGCGUUAGCCGGGAGUGAAGACGGCGAGGAAUACCGAUCGGAGCAGGUCAUCGAGAUCUCCGAAGAGAGAAGACCGGAGAUGGCCCAGCAGACUCCCCGCUUGCUCACCGCCACGGCACGACAAGCCGCAAGACUCUCAACUCACCCGGCCCAGUCCCUCGAUGGGUUGACAAGACUCGACAUCCCGUCGCCCGGGGGUUUCUUUUCCGGUCUCUCUCCGCGUGCGAGGCAUACUUGGCAUCUGCCCUCGAUGACGCCGGAUGAUGUCGCGCCUCCUACUUCGACCACUGCAGAGCAAUUCUACCGAUGCCCGUGGAACGAACCCGCUCCCAGCGUCCCGUCUCUGCCUGGCGUUUCGACUCUCCCUCUGCCGCCGCCGCCCUCGCGGCGUCCCGAGUGGUUCGCGGGUGCACCCGCUUCGUCGGUGCCGGUUGAGCAGACUGUAGAAAUUCGGGGCACAAUGUCGGAUGGAAUCCCCACGGCAAGGCCGGCGAUAUUCGAGCAGGUUAUCGAGGCUAGAGUUCACAUUACAGAAGAGGUCCUUACAGCCCGACGCAUUGACGAGGGCGACCGGUCGGCGUCCUCUGCUGUCUCCCUCGCCGAGCCGCUAACACCUACUGAUGAUGUGGUCGCUACGGAAAUUGUUACCACCUACGAUCCUGAAUAUGCCAAGAAACAACAAGAGGCUGCUCUCUCCAACCUAGAUCGAACUGAACUGUGGCUCAUGGCCCAGAAAGCAUACCUCCAGGGUAUUUAUCCCGAGGAAGAGAUCAAGGCAGAACCCGAACCAGAAGCUGAGCCGAGAGUGGAGGGACAGACCCAGACCGAAGAGGUGACGGAGCCGAAGGUGCCCCAGUCCAACGAGGGAGCCCAAAUCCAGAGGAAGAAGACCGUCCGCUUCUCUGAAGCCCCGGUCGAGGUCAAUAUCCCAAAGAGCCUACCGUCUAAACUCGCGCGGCAAGAGUCAGCUUACUACCGUGCAUUCCAAGAUUACAUUAUUCGCUCGCGCAGCCAGGAUCCCUUCGUUCAUCGCCUUCCCCGCUUCGAGGCCCUGCAGGCUCAGCGCAUUUCUCUACGCGAGACUCAUCGCAACCAGCUUCUCGGCAAGUACCAAUUGUCGGUAGUUCCCGAGUCAGCCAAGAAGCGCAUGAGCACGAACGUUGCCCGCGGCGAUGAUAUCCUGGUUGAAGACCCAGAGAAGCUGAAGCAGGAGAAGGAGAAUGAGGCUCUAACGCAAAUGUCUAUGGCGAACUGGCACGUCGGUGCCACCAAAGCUCUGAACAACGGACGUCUGUUUUCCGCACCCAUCGCCAAGCGCCUGGCUCGACUCUCCCGCAUCGGUGGCCCCAGGGAACGCGCCCGUAUCCUUGACCUGGGCGGCCAGGCCGCUUGCGACUGGGCUUGGCACUGCGCCAUUAUGUACCCGAAUACUAAGGUAUACACAGUGACGACGAAGGCCGUCCGUCAGCUAUCUAACUCGAAUAUUCGGGGCCCCCCAAACCACCGCCAGGUAGCUGUACCGCACCUCACGCGCCUACCGUUCCCAGACGCGCACUUCGACCUUGUGUCGGCGCGGGAGCUGCACACCAUCCUCAAGUUCAUCGGGGAGAACGGCGAAGAUGAGUGGGAGAACUGCCUCAACGAGUGCAUGCGCGUGCUCAAGCCCGGCGGGUACCUCGAGUUCUCAGUGCUCGACUCGGACAUCACAAAUGCCGGGCCGCUCGGCCUCGCCCGAUCUGUCGAGUUCGGCUUCUCGCUCAAGACGCUCGGCUACGACCCCAGCCCGACCCGGUUGUUCCUAGGCCGCCUACAGCGUGCCGGGUUCGACGAGGUGCGCCGCGCCUGGGUGUGCCUACCUAUGGGCGAAGACCCGGCGGUGCGACGCAACCGCAAGGUAGCGCGCGACAGCACGGGAAUCGAGCGGCCGCUCGAGCUCGAGGCGAUGGUGCUAGGCAGCACAGAGGCGGCAGCGUCCGUUACCGGGCUCGCCGGUAGCUGGGCCUGGGAGCGAUGGCUGCUGCGGUGCGAAGCCGAGAAGGUGGCGUGCGAGGGUCGCCUCAUGCUCGAGGCGGCGGAGAUGCGAGAGGUUGGCAAGUGCCUCGACGGCGUGCACGAGGUCAUCGAGGAAGGCCGCCGCUGCGGUGCCGGGUUCAGGUUCCUGAACGGGUACGCCAGGAAGCCCCUCGCGGAGGCGGAAGCCUACUAAAGAGAAGGGGGUGGGAGGGAUGGAUGUGCGUAUAGGGUACGUACGUGUGGGACGAAUGGUGGUGGUCGGACGAUCGUUCUCGAAAUAUGGGGUAGUCAUCUAUCUGCCUAUCUUUUUUGUGUAAUGCGGGGAUUCAUGGAUGGAUGGACGGAUGUAUAUGCAUGAGGAAUAUGUAUGUCUG